AUGCACGCUUCGAUCGCCCCUCUCGCCCUGGCCGUCGCCGCUCUCGCCGCCACGGCCUCUGCCCAGUCGAUCCCCGCCUCGGCCUCGGCACUCGACCUCGAGCUCGUCAACGCCCAGUACGACAACAGCGGCUUCGACGAGGGCGGCAACGCUGGCUUCGACAUCGAGCUCGAGGCCAAGGCGCUCCUCACCGUCGUGUACCCGGGUGCCGGCAUCAUCGAGAACGGCCAGGCCUACAGCGUCGACCAGGUCAGCGAGGCGCCCCAGCUCUACGUCACCCCGUCGCAGGACACGGUCGCGUGGUUCAACUCGAGCUCGCGCUACACGGUCGCCCUCGCCGACGCCUCGUCGCUCGGCGACCCCGACUCGGAGGGCAACUACCGCCACUUCCUCGUUAACGGCCUCGCGGGCGCGGCCCCGACGUCGGGCAACCUCACCUUCAUGCCCGAGGGCGGCACGGCCGUCACCAACUACGCUGCGCCGGGCCCGAUCGCCGGCACCGGCCCGCACCGCUACGCGUUCCUCAUGUUCGCCCAGCCCGAGUCGUUCACGGCCCCGAGCAACCUGUCGGCCGCCGGCACCGCCCCGGGCCACUGGUACGUCGAGAACUACGUCGAGGAGACGGGCCUCCAGCUCGUCGCCGCGUCGUUCUUCACCGUCUCGAACGGCGACGCCACCGGCUCGGUCGCCGCCACUGAGGCUGUCAACACGGCCACUCUCUCCGCCUCGUCGUCGGCCGCUUCCUCGUCCGCCGCGUCGUCGGGCUCGGCUCGCUCGUCCGGCGCCUCGUCGCCGACCGGCUCGCAGACCGGCACGACGACGGCCGGCGCCCCGUCCCAGUCGGCCGGCGGCUCGAGCGGCGCCUCGUCGCUCGUCGUCUCGCUCGGCGCUGGUGCGCUCGGCCUCGUCGGCGCGGCGGCCGCCCUCAUCUAG